AUGGACGCUGCCUCCGCCACCACUGCCCGUAUCAACGAGUUUGAUGGUACAAACUUUCACACUUGGAAGUUCAAGGUGCAGAUGGUGCUUGAGGAGCAAGGCCUUUGGGUAGUCGUGUGUGGAGAGAUCAAGCUGGAACAGUGCGUAACAUCGUUGGACCGAUCCACGUACAAGCGCAAGUCUCGCAAGGCGAUGGCGAUCAUCUGCCUUGCAAUGGAAGAUUCUCAGCUACCGUUGGCUCGUUCUGCUAGUGGUGCGCAUGAUGCUUGGUCACGGCUGAAAGGUCGUUUUGAGAAGAAGAGCCUAGCGAUCAAGCUAUUUCUUUGUCGUCGAUUCCUUACGGUUAAGAUGGAAGAAGGAGAAGAUGUGCUGGAGCGCAUCAGCAAAAUCAAAACGCUGGCGGAGCAGCUCGACGCAAUAGUCUAUCCGGUCAGUGAGGACGACCUGGUCAUUACGCUUCACGCCAGUGUCAGCGAGUCGUACGCGUUUCUCAUCACAGCAUUGGAGUCAAGAGCCGACUCGUUGUCAUAG